UGUCUCUGUCUCCCUCCCUCUCUCUCUCCCUCCGCUCUCUCUCUCUCUCUCCCGUGUUUCCACGCUGAAGCGUAUAUGCUCUCGUUAACAUCGAUUGCUUCGAUUCCCCGGGAAAUUAUCAGAGAUGGGUCCUCGUCAGAAUCUCAAUUAGGGUUCUGGUGCUUCGGAAGUUUCGACCUUUGGGUUCCGUCGAGACAGCUUACUGAGCUCUCUGAGACGAACCCUAGGCGAUUAUCUCGGCCAGCUUGCUCUCACUGGAGAGGCGGGGCGUGCUGAUUUCGCAUCAGACAUUCAUUGAGAAAUUGGAAGAGUUUAAUGGAAAUUAAUGAGGAGUAUCUAGUUAGAAGUGAUUCUGUGUGCAAUUGCAGAGUUUAGGGCGGCUUAUACAGUUUUUUGUGAAAUUUGGAGAUGCUGGAGAUUUUCUUGGAGUAGAUUGCUGUUUCUGUCGGGAUUGUUACUUUGUUGAGGAUUAGCUGUGAAUAGUUAGAAUGGAAGACGUGGAGGAUGAUGCCCGGUACCCAUCUAACCCUCGAGGCGGGAAUCAGCAGUCUGGCUAUGGUUCUUCUGCUAUCACCCAUAAGCUUCCUGCUAGGAGUGAUCCGUAUUCUAGACCAAUUGGUAAUCAAUACCUAGGCAAUGGGGACGAUGAUGAAGACGACGAAGAUGAUGAGGAGGAGUUGGGAGAUGAAAAUGAUGUCGAGAAUCAUCAGAACAACGGCCUCAGGGAAGGGGCUAAUGACUUGGAUGAUGAAGAGGAUGAGGAUGAAUUGGAUGAAGAUGAAGACGAUGAUGAUGAUGAAGACGAUGAUAAUCCUGGCUCGCAGAAGAACUUUGGUGGAAGUGCUGGAGACUCAGAAAGGCGCACAAAGAAACGGAAACUAAAGAGUCUAGUUUCAAGCUAUGAGUUUGCCCCUCGUGUGCCUGCCUCUCAACCAGAGCCAUUGGUGGCCGCCGCCCUGCCAUCAGCUCCCAAGUCCUCUUUUGGCGGCCGGAAUUCCCUAACCGAUUGGACUGAGACUGAAACAUUUGUUCUUUUGGAUGCUUGGGGUGACCGAUUCCUCCAGCAUGGAAGGAAGAGCCUCCGGUCUGAGGAGUGGCAGGAGGUGGCAGAGAAGGUCUCCGAGGUGUCGAAGAUUGAGAGGACAGAUGCGCAGUGCCGGAACCGUCUGGACACGCUGAAGAAGAAGUACAAGAAGGAGAAGCUUAAGCUGGCAGAUGAAGGUGGCAGUGCUCCCAUCAAGUGGGUAUAUUUCAAAAAGAUGGAUGCUCUAAUGUCGUCUCCUCCCCAAAAACAAUCGUCGGUGGCAGGCCUCUCCUGUGGAGUGGAUUCAGGAGAGUACGUAUUCACAAACCCUAGGGUUUACUUGAACCGGGCCAAUGGGAUGGAUGAGAUGAGGGAUAGCCCCGGAAACUCAGAAUUUUCGAAUAGGGAUGAGGAGGAUGAUGAUGAUUCUGAGGGGUUGCCGCCCAAGAAGAGGAGGUCUCGAAGAGAAUCUAAUGAAGGGUCCUCAUUCAAAUUGCUUGCUGAUUCGAUAUUUAAGUUCAGUGACAUAUAUGAAAAAAUUGAGAAUAGGAAGAGUCAGCAGAUGGUAGAGAUUGAGAAAAUGAGGAUGGAGUUUCAGAGGGAGUUGGAGGUGCAGAGGAGGCAGAUUAUGGAGAGGGCCCAUGCAGAGAUUGCAAAGAUCAUGGAGUACGAUGAUGAGGAUAACGAUCAAGAUCACUCGGGUCAGAAUGCAAGCGGUUGACAUUUCUGGUAUGGUGGAAAUCCCUCAUGUUGUUCCGGAUCGGUUAUACAGACUGGUGGCCUCAGUCUGUAACAUAAAUGGCAGGCUUGAUUGAACAUUUAGAGGGCAAAAAUAAUGUCUCGGUAGACAUGUAAUAGUAAUCGGUAUGUAAUGUCAUAUACUAGUAGUAGAAUUGGUAUAUCUGUGGAACAUGCUAUUGCUUGACAUGAUCCUUCUUUUGUUUGGCUCGGCUCAAUUAACCUUGUUUACUUCUCGGGGAAAUUUCUCGACA